AGAGAACAGAAAAGAAAGAAACUUUCAUAACUUACAGAAUCCAAACGAGUACAAUAUAUCAGCACAGUCUAUUUCUUUUCACUCUGUCUCUCUUCCUUGAAGCCCCUGUGUCUGGCCCUUUUAAAAGCUUCACAGAUCUUUGAGUAAUGCUACUCUUGCUAAGAAGACAACGGUCAUGUCUCCGGAAGUAAUUCUUAAUGCUGGCAUUCCAUGUUACAGGUUGGUCCAAAAUCCGGGAGAAUUUAUCGUCACCUUUCCAAGGGCUUACCACUCAGGAUUCAGUCAUGGAUUCAACUGUUCGGAAGCUUCAAAUAUCGCAACUCCUGAAUGGUUGCUGUUCACAGGAGAAGCUGAAAUUCGUCGGGCUGCAGAAAAUAAUCCUCCAUCGGUUUCCCACAUUCAAUUGCUCUAUGAUCUUGCACUAUCAUUCUCUUCAGGUGAGCAUUGGACGAAGAAGUGAAGGGGAUUGCCUGGUAAAGAGGCUUUUUCUGAAAAAUGUGAUGCAUAAUAUCAACCUGCUGCAUACUCUUGGGAAAGGAUCUCCCACUAUACUUUUUCCCUGUGAUUAUAUCAGGAGAAAUUUUCCUGAAUUGCAUAAUGGACUUUUUUCAUGCUUAGCUUGUGGGGUUUUAUGUUUUGCUUGUGCUGCAAUCACAAAACCUACUGAAGUGGGAAAGCAUAAUCUCUUGUCAGCUGAUUGUGGCAAUAUCAGAGGGCGGAUGGAAGAAUCCUGUAGUAGACCUCCAGAGGAUACAUCUUCACUUGCUCUUAUAGCUUUGACCUAUGAGGAUGCUUCCGACUCUGAAAGUGAACUGAGAGAAGUUUCCCCUGUACCUGGCCUUGAUGAGGACUCACUUAAAAGUUAAAUCACAUGUCUUCUGUCUUCAGCAUGCUGUUGAAUUUAAACAGAAACUGGAUGAUCUUGGGGGCAUGCAUACGUUACUCGUUUGUCAUCCAGUUACAUUAUUAGUUGUAAUUGUUAGUACUUAAUUAUGUGAUUUAAAGUAAUUACUUUUGAAAUGCA